AUGCCUAAUCAAUGCACGCAACGCAAUUCAUUCCGUUUCUCCUCCCUUUCCCCCUCUCUAUAUAAUCCUCCGCCUUCCUCCUCCACCCUGUUUUCGGCCUCAAUCAACAACGCACAACAGUUUCCCCCCUUUCGCAAAACUAGAAAACCCGGCAAAACCUCCCUUCUUCCUCCUCUUCCUCCAUCUCACUUCGUCGGUUUCUGUUUGAAUUCUCUACUCAUGGCGAAGCGCGUCCUCGUCACCGGCGGCGCCGGCUACAUUGGGACUCACACCGUGCUCCAGUUGCUCUUAGGCGGUUACCGCGCCGUCGUCGUUGACAGCCUGGACAACUCCAAUCAACUCGCCCUCCGCCGAGUUCAGGAGCUCGCCGGCAAGCACGCCGAGAAUCUGUCCUUCCACCAGGUCGACAUAAGGGACAAGCCUGCUCUGGAGAAGAUUUUUGCGGGGACAAAAUUUGAUGCUGUCAUCCACUUUGCUGGACUGAAAGCAGUGGGCGAGAGUGUUGAGAAGCCCUUGUUGUAUUACAACAACAACGUCAUAGGAACGAUUACUUUGCUGGAAGUAAUGGCUGCCCAUGGAUGCAAGAAUCUUGUCUUCUCAUCAUCAGCCACAGUUUAUGGUUGGCCGAAGGAAGUCCCAUGUACAGAAGAAUUUCCAAUCAGUGCAAUGAACCCGUAUGGGCGUACCAAGGUAUCUACUAAUGUUGUUGGGACUAUACUGGGCGACUGUGUACUCAAGUUAUUGGUUAUUGUGACGAAAGUUAAAAAUAGGUCGACCAGGGAGAAAUGAUGUCUAGAGCAGGAGAAAUAACUAGAAGAUGAGGAUCUCAUCAAUAUUGUUAUGUAGACAGUAUAGUUUGCUGUGUCUAGUACAGUCAUGACUUUGUUUGCACGAAUGCUAAUCUUACGAGGUCGGCCUUUUCAGCUUUUCAUCGAAGAUAUUUGUCGUGAUGUCUACCGCUCAGACCCUAAAUGGAAGAUAAUCUUGCUGAGGUAUUUCAAUCCAGUUGGCGCGCAUCCUAGUGGUAAGAUUGGUGAGGAUCCUAGUGGAGUCCCGAACAACCUCAUGCCCUUUGUGCAGCAAGUUGCUGUUGGCAGAAGACCUCAUCUAACCAUCUUUGGGACUGACUACAAGACCAAGGAUGGAACUGGGGUACGUGAUUACAUUCAUGUUGUUGAUUUGGCGGAUGGCCACAUUGCUGCAUUGCGUAAGCUGGACGCACCUGAUAUAGGUUGUGAGGUAUACAACUUAGGAACAGGGAAAGGAACAUCAGUGUUGGAGAUGGUUACAGCAUUUGAGAAGGCAUCCGGAAAGAAAAUCCCUCUAGUAAAGGCUGGACGGCGACCAGGCGAUGCUGAAAUAGUUUACGCAUCAACAGCCAAGGCAGAGCGCGAAUUGAAUUGGAAGGCCAAAUUUGGAAUUGAAGAAAUGUGCCGGGAUCAAUGGAACUGGGCCAGCAAGAAUCCUUACGGCUACAGUUCACCGGACGCCCACAACGGGACCAAGUAGAAACUGGAAAGAAAGAUAACAAUCCUCACAGGGUUUUUUCGCCCCCUUUAGGUACAACAACAGCACAGUAAAGAAGCAUAUGAUAUUGGUGUAGAUUCUUCCUUCCUCUUAGAAAGUAUUAAUUACAGUGUGUAGGCGCAAGAGAAAGAGGAGGAUUUGUCUUCUUCCUCUUCUUACUAUUGAAUAAACAUCUUGCUGUGGGCUUCCUGCCUGCUUUGCCCAGUAUUGAUAGUAGGAAUUUAGAUUGGCUUUUUUUCCUUUCUUUUCUUUUCCUCCUUUUUUUCUUCUUUUUCUUGGAUCUAUAGGAUAUGUGUAAAGAGGUUAAGGUUAGGGUUGGUCUUAUUUUGGUGUCUAAAUUGGUUAGCACGUUGUUCACAGAUUAUAAGUAGAGAGAUGUUCUGCAAUCAAAUGUGUUCUGUAAAGCUGAUAGUUGUGUUCUGUAUGAGUGGUAAUAGAAGAACGAAUUGUUAUUAUUUAUUAUUCAAUAGAGAGAGGGAUUCUUUGGGCUCGUGCUCGUCUCGUUGGCGGUGUUUUGAUUUCCUGAUCAUUGGGAUCGGUGGAUUAAUAGUUUAGUUCAGCAAUUGAGGAUUCUUAUGAGGGCAGAGAACGUGGGUUGUGUAUAUGGAGGUCAAAUCAAGUAUGUAACGAUAGACGUACUCGUCUCACGGCAGAUUGGAUAAUUUAUUAUGGAUUGCGGAGCGUGGACAGCUCAAUUUGUGGGUUUAAUAGACUUGAGUUACUAUACAUUCAUUAGUAAUUAUAUAUUACAACAAGACAUGAU